AUCCACACAAACUUACGUUAAUUUUCUAGAACAGCAUUUUUUUGUAAUUAGUUUUCUAGAACAGUUAUUUUUUCCUGUUUUCCCAUUUCAGUAUUAUUUUACUUGCUGUUUUUCCUGAGAAUUUUUCCUCUGGUUUAAAAUCAGAGAAGACCAAGUAAUUUUUUUUUACCAACACCUUUUAUUGAGUUUUCUAAAAUCAGCAGGAGAACAGCAUGUGUACGGGGAAGUGCUCACGAUGCAUCGCUGGGAUCUUAUACCCACUGGCUGUCACUUCCAUCAUUUGUAAUAUCCUCCUGUUUUUCCCAGGCUGGGACGUGAAAUAUGCCCAGAAUGGCCAGCUCACAGUGCAGGUGAAAUACAUGGGAGGACUGGUCGGAGGAGGACUAAUGGUGUUGAUCCCAGCACUUUACAUCCAUCUGACAGGGACAGGGGGCUGCUGUGCAAACCGCUGUGGGAUGUUCCUGUCUAUUGCUUUUGCAGCAUUGGGCGUAGCUGGCGCCCUCUACAGCUUCAUUGUGGCUUUGCUAGGCCUGAUACACGGCCCAUACUGCAGAGGUAUCCUACUUUGGGGCACUCCCUUCGAAGACAGUAAGGGGAGUUACCUCGGGCAUCAUGACCAGUGGAGCAAGUGCAUGGAACCCAAGAACGUGGUGGAGUUUAAUGUGGCCCUGUUCUCCACUCUACUCAUCACCAGCAGCCUGCAGCUGGUAUUCUGUGCCACUCAAAUGAUCAACGGACUCUUUGGCUGCCUCUGUGGCACCUGCAGGAAUAAAGAGGUUUUGUAAAUCUUCUCUGUGCGCUCUGGGUCACAUGCCAACAGUAGGCUCUCUGGCGCCCCCUGGUGGAUUAGCUUUCAUAAUUGUAAUGAAAUCAGUGCUAUUUCCUACUCAGCUUAAACUCAUUAACAGCAAGAAUGAAUACAAAACACAAUACACACAGUGUAACUUUUAAUGCUGUAAAUUUAUUUCUUAAAUACACUAAUACAUUUUUCAAUAAAAGCCGACCUCUUCUCUCUGUAUAAUUACUACAAAAAAUCAAAAUAAAAAUUAAA